AUGGAUCUUUGGAAUACUUAUGUUCAAAAAUGGUUAAAGAAUUAUGUUUAUGUCUCUAUGAUUGGAACACCAUUAGAAAGAUAUAAAACAAGUUUAACUAUGGCAGUUUGUGCAUUUUGGCAUGGAGUAUAUCCAGGAUAUUAUAUGUCAUUUUUUGUUUUAGGAUUUGAUAAAGAUUUAUCAAAUUUAAUUUAUAAACGACUUGAUCCAUAUAUGAGAAUGAAAUUUGGAGAAGGAAGUAUUGUAUGGAAUGUAUAUGAUAUUUUAUUAAGAAUAUUUAAUCAUUGGCAUUUAAAUUAUGCAGUUUAUCCUUUCAUGAGAUUUGAAUUAAUUCCUUCACUUAUUGUAGUUUAUAGAACAUAUUUCCUUGGUUAUCUUAUUCCAUUAAUACUUUAUUUGUGGUUAACUUAUUAUCCUCCUCAUUUAACACAAGAAAAAAUUAAGAAAGAAGAAUUACAACAACAAAAAGAUUCAACAUUACUCAAAAAAGAAGACUAA